CGCCCCUGCUGCGCGCGUCUUUCCGUCUCCGGCUUCCGCCAAGACAAAGGGCGAGAUUUGCUGGGGCCGCUGCUGCUGAUGUCUGCGCUCGCCUUCCGCUGCGGUGGUUACGGUCGCUGAGUGGAAGAUUUAUUUUCUCCGCAUAUUGGGAUAAUCAGUUUGGACCAUGAGACAGCCGGGUGAAAAUAUCUAGUUGGAAAUGUGAUCAUGGAGUUCAAAGCGCAUGGUUUCCAUUGCCUACUGGGAAGUGUAGUUCUCGGGGCCAGGGGAGACGGCACGGAAGAGGCCUGUGCGCAAGAGCAGAUGAGGCCUAGCAGAGGCGGCGGGAUCUCCAAGUUUGGAAAGCUGUGUUAAGGACAGUGACUGUCCCUACUGAAGGCCCCAGGAGUAGUCCAGCCAGAUGUGGAAAACUGGUCACGAUUCUACGCUACUUGGUUCAUUUUCUACACAGCAACAGAAGAGCCUUCCUGAGACUGCUAUUACCAUACCCGCCUGUCAUCUUGCCAAGGCUGGCCAAUGUGUGUUUUGGCAUAGGCUGUCAUGGAGGCCAUGGUGGAGGAAAAGGAAAGGGGGGGCAGAUGUUGAGGCCCCAAAGGCCACAGUGAGAACAGUUCAGUUCCUGAGGUGCCAAGACUAAGGGGGCACUGUCCUGCCCCCAGGAUUACAAUGAGCCACAUGUCCAGCCCAAGAGCCAGGAGAGCCGAGGCUUCAAAGACCUCAGGGGACUUCUCUCAGUACUCACAGAAACCUCCUACACCCUCAGAUGGCACAAAGGGACCAUUUUCUUACUCUUAGUCUGAGUGACUGCCAAGAAGGAAGGCAAAGGUAGAGGAACUGGAUCUCUGGCUCUCCACAUAGCUUCUGAUCUCAGACCUUAUUAAAACCCUUUCUGGGCCCAAAGACAAAGCUCACAUGAACAAAUGAUUUUGAGUCAUGAAUGAAAAAUCUUGCUUGAGUCAUGAAUGAAUUCAGAGAUAGACAGGGCGAAAGAAUGUCUGCUGGAUAUUCUCCAUCAUAUGACAACAACAAGAGUGUUCUGGCUUUCAGAGGAAUCCCUAUCUCAGAGUUGAAGAACCAUGGCAUUCUCCAGGCUCUGACCACAGAAGCUAAUGAAUGGGAGCCACAUGUUGUGAGUACAGAGGUGGUCAGAGCCCAAGAAGAAUGGGAAGCUGUGGACACCAUCCAGCCAGAGACAGGGAGCCAGGCUAACUCAGAGCAGCCUGGGCAGCUGAUCUCCUUCAGUGAGGCCCUGCAGUACUUCCAGACUGUGGACCUUUCCUCCUUCAAGAAAAGAAUCCAGCCAACUAUUCGAAGGACUGGGCUCGCUGCCCUUCGACACUACCUCUUCGGGCCUCCAAAGCUCCACCAGGGCCUUCGGGAAGAAAGGGACUUGGUCCUGACCAUUGCUCAAUGUGGCCUGGAUAGCCAAGACCCAGUGCAUGGCCGAGUCCUCCAGACCAUCUAUAAGAAGCUGACCGGCUCCAAGUUUGACUGUGCCCUUCAUGGAGACCACUGGGAGGACCUGGGCUUUCAGGGAGCGAAUCCAGCCACGGACCUGAGAGGCGCAGGCUUCCUUGCCCUCCUGCAUCUGCUGUACCUGGUGAUGGACUCAAAGACCUUGCUGAUGGCACAGGAGAUUUUCCACCUGUCUCGUCACCACAUCCAGCAAUUCCCUUUCUGUUUGAUGUCCGUGAACAUCACCCACAUCGCCAUCCAGGCCUUGAGAGAGGAGUGUCUUUCCAGAGAGUGUAAUCGGCAGCAGAAGGUCAUCCCCGUGGUGAACAGCUUCUAUGCCGCCACAUUCCUCCACCUUGCACAUGUCUGGAGGACACAGCGGAAGACCAUCUCAGACUCCAGCUUUGUCCUCAAAGACUUGGAAGUAUUGGCCAAGAAGAGCCCACGGCGGCUGCUGAAGACCCUGGAGCUGUACUUGGCCAGAGUGUCAAAGGGACAGGCCUCCUUGUUGGGGGCACAGAAGUGCUGUGGGCCAGAAGCCCCUCCCUUCAAAGAUCUCACCUUCACAGGCAAGAGUGACCUGCAGCCUCACUCUUCCUAAGGCAUGUGGCUGAUCUGAACUCCGAGAUGGAUGGAGGUGUAAAGACUGAGCUGCAGGGGCUUUCACAGGGUCAGUGGAAACCAUGUCAGGAGGCUGGCCAGGCCGCACCCCUUGCUGUCUCAGCAGACGGGACAUAGGAAGCUCCUGGGCUUAGCUGUGGAAAACCAAGUACCCUCACUGGGAUGGGACAUGAGGGCAGCUAGACUUCACCCCCUCCCUGCAGACCUGCCUCCAAAGCAAGGAGAAUUCUGCCUUAAUCUGUGGGCUCCAGUCUCCAAGGUUGAGUUCCAGUGUAUCCCACUGGGAGUGAAUGGAUCAUGAGGUGGGAUGGCCCCAUCUGGAUGUUCUGCAGAUCCACACAUGGAAGGAGAUUCCCAAGUAGAGGCAGCCAGAAUUCUAACUCCCUGGCGGCGGCGGGGCUUCCAGGCACUGGUGUCUGUGUUGUUAGAACUCAGAGGAAGAGGGCAGGGGCAGCACCCGAUGGGGCAGCAUGAUCCAAGCAAGGGGCCUGGUCCUCAGUGGGGCUGGGGUACGGAGGUACCUCACCAGGUGGGUGUCAGGCCCCCUCUAGAGUUUCUGGCCAUUCACUUACCACUCUGUUCUCCCCCUGACCCCCGCUCCAUUGUUUAUGAUGGGAAAAUGGACAUUUGGCUAGGUGUCUCUCAUGGCUGCUCCAUCCUAGCCCCCACAAGCUAGGGCUUUCUUGUGUAGAGGCUGUGCCCGCCCCAUGAUGGGUUUCUGGCCUAAUUGAGGGAAGGAGGAAAUUCAUACCAGCAGUUUUCAAAUAAAGGAAUUGUUCCAAUUAA